GCCGCAAAAGAAGGGUCAUGUGACUCCAUCACCAUACUUCCCAAAGCUAUGGCUCCCUAUAAACCUGACAACUCCUUGAAGUCAUCUCGUACCCACCAGGAACUUCACCGGGAACUACUGGUCACCUAUAAGAAAGGCCUUGUCUUGCACAGUAAGCCUGAACUAUUGCGUGUUUUGGAAAAGAGGCGGAAUCAGCAACAGGAAAGUAAAGAAACCAAAGUGCCACACUGCCCCCUACAGCAAGAGCUACAGAAGUGGCAGCUGCGACGAGAGGAGAGGCAGCAGGAAUCGACCAAGAGUGAAGAGCCCGCUCCCGAUGUCCAUGAGUUCCUGAAAGUGAGGGAGAAUCUCCGGAAAUCCAAAACAAGGGACGUGCAGAGCCCCCCGCCUCCUGUCAGCUGAACUCCCCCGUCCGUUCUAUUCUAUAGGAUCCAACUGCUCGGAUAGUUCCAUUGUGGAUGCAGAAUGUCACCAAAGGGACCAGAGGACCUAGAGGUCACCACCGAUGAACGCUGACCUAAUUAGCACAUGCUUUUUACCCUCUGAAAAAGAGAGGACCAUAAAAGUUGCCCAUAUCUUUAAUAAAUUGGGCCAAAAUGAUCCGAUUCCUCUAUUCACCGAUGAGGAUAUAGAUGUAAUGAUUGGCACUACCAUGGAAAAAUAGACAUGUAUCCCAAAGAAUGGUUGAGUGUUCCAUUGUCACCAGGAAUCCUUCAGAGUGUAUUUUUAAAGGGGUUGUAAAGGUUUGUUUUUUAUUUUCUAAAUAGGUUCCUUUAACCACUUAA